CUCGGCGGAGGCUUCAGCAGCCUUAUCCAGUGAAGGAAGAUGAUUCUGCCGCUGUGCGAGGGUAGGGAUGGGGAGGGGUCGAGAUUGACAAGCCCUGGCGAUUGUGUGCACUUGUUGAAUUGCACUUUGUGUUGGUGCUGGUGCCUCAGGAUCUGCAGCGAUGGCGGUCUCUACUGUCACUCACGCCCUCUCGACUCUUGCCCUUGGCCCCGUCUGCGCAGAACAGCGCUUGCUGCACAUUUCUACCUCCCCUUCCGUGGGUCUUUCGCUUUCUGGAGCUUCCAAGAGCGGUGGUGCUUCACGAAGAGGUCUUCUGCAAAUUCGGUGCGCUCGUGUUGGAGGAGUGGAAAUCCCCAACAACAAGCGCGUCGAGGUCGCAUUGACGUACAUUCAUGGCGUUGGCAACACCACUUCCAAGCAAAUUCUGUUGGACGUGGGACUUGAGAACAAGAUAACGAAGGAGCUCUCUGAGGAGGAGCUCACGUCGCUUCGUGAUGAGGUGUCGAAGUACAUGAUUGAGGGAGACCUUCGACGAUUCAACACCCUGGCGAUCAAGCGGUUGAAAGAUAUCCAGUGCUACCGAGGGAAGCGUCACCUAGCAGGUUUGCCUUGCAGGGGGCAAAGCACGAAGUGUAAUGCGAGGACGAGGAGGGGCAAGAAGGUCACAAUUGCUGGCAAGAAGAAGGCUCCAGGAAAGUAGAAAGAGUCUAGGGAUAGUAGUUUCUGACUUCAGAAGUAUCAGUCGACACAUUUUUGCAUCAAGUGAAUCACUGCAUUCCUCUCAUCUCAAGCCAAUUCUUUACAUUCUUUGAUUCAAUGAUCAAUUUUGUACUGAACGUUGUAUGUGGAUCACUAGUCUGCAUCGAGUGUUCUUUUUGUGCACUGUCUCCAGUACCAUCCGAGGUUCAUCAUCAAGGGAAUUACAGCUUGAAUUUCAAUUGCA